CCAGUAAUUCCGGGUGCUGCACUUCCGGUCAGGCGGUCUGGCUGCGCGGCCCUGGGGCCAGCUUACCGCCGGAAGCCUCCGCGUCCCAGCCGGCCAUAUCCUUUUCCCGGUCCUGCUUCCCAGUGCCUCGGGCCUCCCGGGGCUGGUGCUGGGCGCCGAGCCAGCGGAGCCCACGGAACCCGCUUCCCGCCUCCACGCGGCAGCGCUAGCGGCCUGGUCCCUUCACUGGCAGCUCGGUGCCGUCGCCCUCACCGCUCUUCCUAUCGCCAGGAGUGGUGGGCCGACCAGGGGGCGGCCGGGCUAGCGUCCGCCAUUCCCGUGUCUCUGCGCCCGCGAGGGCCGCCCGAGCUGGCCACCAUGCCGCUGGGCCUGAAGCCCACCUGCAGCGUAUGCAAGACCACGUCGUCCUCCAUGUGGAAGAAGGGCGCGCAGGGGGAGAUCCUCUGCCAUCAUUGCACUGGCCGGGGCGGUGCGGGCAGCGGGGGCGCAGGCUCGGGGGCGGCUGGAGGGACUGGGGGCGGCGGCGGCGGCGGCUUCGGCGCGGCGACCUUCGCCAGCACCUCCGCCACUCCUCCGCAGAGCAACGGGGGCGGGGGCGGCAAGCAGAGUAAGCAGGAAAUUCACAGGAGGUCUGCUCGGCUCAGAAACACUAAAUACAAAUCUGCUCCGGCUGCUGAGAAGAAAGUUUCCACCAAAGGAAAAGGGAGAAGACAUAUAUUUAAAUUGAAAAAUCCCAUCAAAGCUCCUGAGUCGGUUUCCACUAUAAUCACUGCAGAAUCAAUCUUCUACAAGGGAGUAUAUUACCAAAUUGGUGAUGUUGUUUCUGUGAUUGAUGAACAAGAUGGAAAGCCCUACUACGCUCAAAUCAGAGGUUUUAUCCAGGACCAGUAUUGCGAGAAGAGUGCAGCACUGACGUGGCUCAUUCCUACCCUCUCUAGCCCCAGAGACCAAUUUGAUCCCGCCUCCUAUAUCAUAGGGCCAGAGGAAGAUCUUCCAAGGAAGAUGGAAUACUUGGAAUUUGUUUGUCAUGCACCUUCUGAGUAUUUCAAGUCACGGUCAUCACCAUUUCCCACAGUUCCCACCAGACCAGAGAAGGGCUACAUAUGGACUCAUGUUGGGCCUACUCCUGCAAUAACAAUUAAGGAAACAGUUGCCAACCAUUUGUAGUUCACAAAUUAAAACUGGAUUUCCAGGCCUGGUGUGGUGGCUCACGCCUGUAGUCCCAGCUAUUGCACCACUGUUCUCCAGGCUGGGCAAUGAAGCAAAAGCUGUAAUUUCCAGAGAGACCAUUAGGAACAGACUGCCUGCCCUGCUGACUUAAGGACCCGACACCAAACACAGAAGCAACAGCUUUACACAGAGCGUUCAGCAAGCUCCCACAAUUGUAUAAGCAGCCCGAGCUGACAGAGAUGGAUAGAAACAACACAAGGACCCAUCAGCAGACGAGUGGAUGAUCAAAACGUGAACUGCAUAAUGACGACUGCACAAGAUACCAAAUCAGAAGAGGUUCCAUUUCCAAGUUCUGAUUCAUAAGAGCUUCCAAAGUAGAGCCGGUACAUAUUGAAUUUUGAUUCAUCUGGAAGGAUCUCGGACAUCUCUAAGGAAACAAGGGAUUGAUCUAAGCCACAUUCUCCAUCUCCAGCUGAAUCGUCAGAGCCACUGCUAUGGUUAAGAAAGACCAUUGAAGACAGACUUAGGUCACUAUCAGAGCUGGAACUUCCAUCCUAAAAUACACAAAAGGACAACCAGUUUAAAGACGUAAACAAUUUUACUCUCAGAAAUAAAUAAUAACAUAGCAUUCUAUUAGAGCAAUACAAGAAACUAGGAAGCAUUUUUCAAAAAACUCAUUAAUUCUCUAAUGGUUUUGAGGCACAUGGUAAAAAUUUAACUAUUAAAAUAUAAAGAUAACAUAGAAUGUGUAGAUAAUUUACCAACCAUCCCCCAAGGAAGUCUGUAAUGAAGCUAAGACUCAGACCUCUGGGCUUUAUUUUUAUGUCUCUGACAUUCCAUUCAUACUUUUCUACUCCAAAAUGAUGAAUCAACAUGUUAUAGAGUGCUUUCUCAUUAUAGAGAGCUCUACAAAUACACAUCUUUCUGGUAGUAAAGGGAGAGGGGAGAACUUCAGUGGCCUGCCAAAAUAGCAAAAACUUAGGGAGUAUCUGAUUUAGCAACUGUAGGCUCUGUAGACAUUCCAACCAAAUGUGGUAAAGAAGAGUAAUAGAAUAAUCCUUCCUAGAAAAUAUAUGGUAAAGUCUACAAUGUAACAGUUCAAAUAUCUACUGUAAAUGUUAAAAUCAUAAUACUAUCUUUAGAGAAAAGGCUGAUGCAAGGGUUGGGAUACAGAAAGUACAAGAUAAACCAAGAAUAUUUUUCUUUUUUGGGGGCAGGGUCGCACUCUGUCAUCCAUGCUGGAGUGCAGUGGCACAAUCAUGGCUCACUGCAUCCUGGACUUCCUCAAGUGAUCCUCCUGCCUCAGCCUCUCCCAAGUAGCUAGGACUACAGGUGUGCACCACCAUGGCCAGCUGAUUUUUAAAUUUUUCGUAGAGACAAGUCCCACUCUAUUGUCCAUAAUGGGUAUAGUUUGUGUAACCAUAGUUUGGUCUCAAACUAGGCUCAAAUGAUCCUCCUGCCUUGGCCUGCCAAAGUGCUGGGAUUACAGACGUGAGCCACUACACCUGGCCAAGAAUAACUUACUGUAUCUGGAAAUGAGGAAGUGAUUCAAGAAUGAUGAGGACAUGUCAUAAAGAUAUAGGAGCCAUACAAAAGGGGCUCCUAUUGGCCAGAUUGGGACAAUUUGAGCUUCAAAACAACAGCUUUAAUUAUUUUUUAAAGUUAAAGUACAAAAAAACUAAAAACUCUAAUUAUUUUUCUGUUUGUAAUAUUUAAUUCAUGGUAUCCUAAUUUAAAUAAUAUCCUCGCAAACACCAACAUGUUUUUGCCAAUAUUAAGGUAAUGUUAAAGAAACAGACACCAAACUCUUCAUAAUUAUAAAUUCUCUGCAAAACCCAUAUUCCAACUAUGGAACAUUCAACUAAAGGUAAACUUACACUUCUAUACAGUUUUACCAAAGUUGUUUAAAAAAUAGCAUUUUUUUAAGGUUGAAAUUUUGACAUUGUACUUCUCUUAUCAUUCAUAAAAUGUCAUAACAACUUCCUCAUAUAACUUGCCUGGAGUCCACUUGAGAGCAGCAUUCCAUGUAAGGCCUCCAAUUGGGCAUUGUAAAGUAAAGCUUUCAGAUCAGCUCCAGUAAAGGAGUCGGUUACAGAUGCUACAUGCUGAAGGUCAACAUCAUCUGCCAGAGGUAGAGAGUCACUGAGGACAUUUAAAAUUUCAAGACGUGACACCUGAAGGGAGAAAAGUUUAUUUAACAAAUUAAAAAUACUAAAAAUAUUAUCUUAAA